ACUAUGAAUCCUCCUCUACCCCCACCCCCGCUCCUGGCUGCCACUGUCUUGGCCUCUACACCACCAGGCGCUGCUGCCACCCCUGCUGCUGCUGGAAUGGGACCAAGACCUGUGGCAGGAUCCAGUGACCAGAUUGCACAUUUACGGCCUCAGACUCGCCCCAGUGUGUGUGUUGCUGUAUAUCCAUACACUCCCCGGAAAGAAGAUGAACUAGAGCUGAGGAAAGGGGAGAUGUUUUUGGUAUUUGAGCGUUGCCAGGAUGGCUGGUUCAAAGGCACGUCAAUGCAUACCAGCAAGAUUGGGGUUUUCCCUGGCAAUUAUGUGGCACCAGUCACAAGGGCAGUGACAAAUGCUUCUCAAGCUAAAGUCCCCAUGUCUACUGCAGGACAGACAAGUCGGGGGGUGACCAUGGUCAGUCCUUCUACUGCAGGAGGACCUGCCCAAAAGCUCCAGGGAAAUGGUGUGGCCGGGAGUUCCAGUGUUGUUCCUACGGCUGUGGUGUCAGCAGCUCACAUCCAGACAAGUCCUCAAGCCAAGGUCCUGUUGCACAUGACUGGACAGAUGACGGUCAACCAGGCCCGCAAUGCUGUGAGGACAGUGACGGCACAUAACCAAGAACGCCCCACGGCAGCAGUGACACCCAUCCAGGUGCAGAAUGCUGCGUGCCUCGGCCCUGCAUCUGUAGGCCUUCCCCAUCACCUGCUGGCCUCCCCACAACCUCUGCCUGCAAUGGCAGGUCCUGCUGCCCACGUUGCUGCCGUCAGUAUAAGUAGAGCCAAUGCCCCCCUGGCCUGUGCUGCAGCUGCUUCGUUCACAUCCCCGAGCAUCACCACUGCCUCUCUGGAGACCGAGCCCAGUGGCCGGACAGUGAACAUUCUCCCUGGACUGCCCACAUCUCCUGACAGUGCUGCCUCAGCUUGUGGGAACAGUUCAGCAACCAAGCCAGACAAGGACAGUAAAAAAGAAAAAAAGGGUUUGCUAAAGUUGCUUUCUGGCGCCUCCACAAAACGGAAGCCCCGUAUGUCCCCCCCAGCAUCACCCACCCUGGAGGUGGAGGUGGGUGGUGGCGAGCUGCCCCUGCAGGGAGCCAUGGGUCCUGAGCUGCCGCUAGGGGGCGCCCAUGGCCGGGCCGGCUCCUGCCCCGCCGAUGGGGAUGCACAGGUGGCCUCGGGAGCGUCAGGAGCAGCCUCAGCCCAGGAAGCCUUCCAUCGCAAGACCAGCUCCCUGGACUCCCCUGUGCCCAUCGCUCCACCUCCCCGGCAGGCCUGUUCCUCCCUGGGACCUGUCAUGAAUGAGGCUAGGCCUGUGGUUUGUGAAAGGUGAGUUCAUUCAC